CAGCAGACAAGACAAGAACAGACAACAGACAAGAAACACGAUGUAGACACAAGCAUUCAGUAAAAUUAUUCUGUCUAAUCACCGAACCGGCUUAACCAGCCUUAUGUUCCAGGUGUAGAAUUUAUUACAACCGGUGAACUCUUGCUAAGCUCCUGGUCAGGUAAGCCAGCUAAAGCUUGCGGAUAACACGUGGAAAAUAGCAAGGAUGAUGAAUGGACAAACAAGUGACGUUAUCACUGACGUAAGUAACGACGAGUACGUCAUCAACCGUGAUGACGUUUCCGAUGAGCUGAUGUCAGUGAUAAAGAGCCUGACGUCAUCACGCAGAUACGUGCCGCAGUGGUACGUGUACGACACACGCGGGUCGGAGAUGUGUGAGGAACUGAUACAGAACUCAAAGACCUACAACAGCUGGCAACACGAGUUCAACAUACUUCAGGGUCACGCAGACGAAAUCGUCGCCAAAGUCUCGUUCUCAGCCGUUCUCGUUGAUCUCGGCAGCGGAGGGUCCUCCAAAACGCGCCUGGUUAUCGAGGCUAUGCGGAAGCGACGCGGAAGACUCACGUUUGUGCCUGUGGAUAUGGCGAAGGAGUUUAUAGAGUCCUGCGGUCGGCAGCUGGAGAGGGAAUACCCCGGUCUGACCGUGGAGCCGUUCGGCGGGUUGUACAUGGACGGGGUGCGGCACGCUGCCGCCCGGGAGGAGGCAAAGUUGUUCCUGUUCCUCGGCAACAGUUUCAGUAACAUUCCGCUCAGUGAGCAGGGGAAGAUGCUACAAGAGAUUCGGGCAAACCUAAAGGCUGCUGACAGGUUUGUGCUGGGGCUGGACAUGAACACAGACCGGGAGACCUUGUUGCAGGCGUACGGGAAACAGUGGGCACCGAUAUGGCGAGACAACCUCAUCAACCGUUUCAAUAAGGACUUUGUAGGAGACAUGGACGCGGAGAAGUUUGAGUAUAACGUCGACUUUGUGGAGAACCCUGCUGACGGAGACACGCCGAGUUACGUGGUCAAGCAUCUCAGCAGUUCCGGCAAACAGCGGGUGCAUUUCGAAACGCUCGGACUUGACAUCGACUUUGAAGACGGCGAGAAGAUCUAUUUCUACGAGGGGCCGAACACCAGCUGCAAGUGGAACCCGGGACAAGUGCGCCGUCUGGUGGAGAAGAGCGGCUUUGCAGUAGAUGCCUACUGGACCAAUGAUGAGGACAAUUAUUGUGUCUUCUGCCUGAAACCAACAGAUUUUCCUCCUGUAUAACUAUUAUUAGUUUCUUGAUACACUCUAAUCGGUCUUACGUGCAGGGUAGAAUUUUACCAGUAUACCACUAACUGGUGGUCACACCUACUUCUUUUCCCUUGUUUAUCCAUGACCUGUACUUAGCGUGUUAGAGCACAAACGUACAAUAAA